CACAUUUAGUAUGCAAAAAUGAUUAGAUCUGUUUCACACAGUUUAGGAGGAUAUCCUAUGGCCUUCUGUUCUAUUGCUAAACAAUGCCUGGCUGCCUUGAUAUUUAUUGGCAUUUCCAAUGUAGUGUGAUGUCGGAUCCCCUUUGCUGUCUGCCACAUACAGAAUGGAGACUUCCCUCUCCCAGUAUUUCCAAGAGACUGGAGGAAAUGUUGAGUUCUGGUUCUUACAGACUGUUCUGGGUACUGGGAGUAGAUUGGCAUCUUGUCACUGAUAGUUGCCUGGUGCCUGCAAGGUGAUAAGGCUUCCACUUUGCUCUUCUGCCACUGUGUUGGUUCUCAAAAUCUUGCUAAUGUGAUGGCGUAAACUAGUAAAAAGGCAUUUGCAUAACAUCAUGGAUGUCAGCAAUGGUGUGUGAUAUUACUGAGGUGGUACAGUGAGAGUCUACUGUGUGAAACAUCAGAAGUUUAUAUUUCUUCUAAUUUUGCAAUGGUUUCCCAAUGAGUGGAUCAGGAUGAACAUACUUUAGGGACUUGCCAUAGUAUGGCUGCUUCUCGAUCUACUCGUGUUACAAGAUCAACAGUGGGUUUAAAUGGCUUGGAUGAAAACUUUUGUGGUCGAACAUUAAGAAAUCGUAGUAUUGCUCAUCCGGAGGAGGUUUCACCCCAUCCCCAAGUACGGUCAAGGUCACCAAAGAAGAGGCCAGAUUCUGUGCAAACUCAGAAGGGAAGUAAUGGUGGAAGAACUACUGAUUUGAAACAACAGAGUGCUCGGGAAUCAUGGGUGAGCCCUAGAAAGAGAGGACUCUCUACUUCAGAAAAAGACAAUGUUGAUAAACAAACUGUGGAAAAUUGUGAGAAAAGACAAGGAGAACCUGUAUCACCAGUUUUGAAAAGAAUUAAACGCUGUCUACGUUCAGAGGUACCCAACAGUUCAGAAGAAGACUUGCCUACUAAAACAGAAAAGGAAUCUUUGGAGCGUAAAAGCUUAGUGUCGGACAAUGAUGCAGUCUCUCCUGGGACUAAGAGAGCUUGUCGAUGUCUUAUAUUGGAUGACUGUGACAAAAGGGAAGUUAAAAAGGUGAAUAUCUGUGCAGAGGGAUUUAAUAAUUCUGCAAUAGUUGAAGAAAUCACAGGCUAUCAGACUGUCAAUGGAGUUGGUGAGAGAGACUCAAAUUCUCUAAACUGUGAUGACUGUCAGUUUGAUGGGAACUCUAAGCAAAACAGUGCUGGCUCCUGUAUAACCAAGGACAAAACAGUAGCAGAAAAUGGAAACUCAUUUGCCCAUUCUUCAUUGUUGCUUAAUAGCAGCAAGGAGGACGGUGUUGUAGACCAUUAUGUGCCUUGCACAAACUCUCAAGAACAGGUAAAGUUAGAGGACCACAAAAUAAUAAGUGACUGUUUGCCUGAGGAGCAUGCUAAUCAGGCAGAUGAGCCAGCUACUGGGUCCUUUUCUGAAAUCCAGUCAACUUUGUUGAGGGAUUCUGAGGAGGAAGUAGACGUAGUAGGAGAUAGCAGUGCCUCUAAGGAACAGUGUGCUGAAAACACCACCAACAACCCGAAUACUCAUCAUGACAGUACAUCAAUCUCAGGUGAACCUGAACCACAUUCUUCAUUGCUGGACUGUGUUUCAGCUCAGAUGACAUCUAUUUCAGAACUUCAAGAACACAGAUACACAUUGAGAACUUCACCACGAAGGGCUGCUCCUGCCAGAAGUAGCCCUACUAAAAAUAACUCUCCUUGUAGAGAAAAUGGACAAGUUGAGGAAAAUAAUCUUAGUCCCACUGAAAAGAAUGUACCUGUAGGUAUUAAUAAUAUCAAUGGAUCUCCCAAAAAUUCUGAAGAGAUUAAACAGAAUGAAAAAGAGAGAAAUUGUAAUACAGAUAAUGGGAGUGACGGACUAAGAAAGCCAUUUUCAGAGGCUAGGCUUGUUGCUGGAUAUGUACCAUCUGCCAAAGAGAGUGCCAACAACCACACUGCAGAGGAUGAGGAGGAAGAGCCUGAUGUGUAUUACUUUGAGUCAGAUCAUGUGGCAUUGAAACACAACAAAGAUUAUCAGAGACUGUUACAGACGAUUGCUGUACUCGAGGCUCAACGUACUCAAGCAGUUCAAGACCUUGAAAGUUUAGGCAGACACCAGAGAGAAGCACUGAAAGAUCCUAUUGGAUUUGUGGAAAGACUCCAGAAGAAGGUUGAUAUGGGUCUUCCAUAUCCUCAGAGAGUUGUUCAACUCCCUGAGAUUGCCUGGGACCAAUACACCACUAGCCUUGGAAACUUUGAGAGAGAAUUCAAAAACCGAAAACGUAACAGUAGAAGAGCAAAGUUGAUUUUUGACAAAGUAGGUAUACCUGCAAGACCAAAAAGUCCUUUGGAUCCCAAGAAAGAUGGAGAGUCAAUUUCAUAUUCUGUCUUGCCUUUAAGUGAUGGUCCAGAAGGUUCUACAAGCAGUCGUCCACAGAUGAUAAGAGGGCGACUCUGCGAUGAGACCAAACCUGAAACUUUUAACCAACUGUGGACUGUAGAGGAACAGAAAAAACUCGAGCAGUUGCUUCUGAAGUAUCCACCAGAGGAAGUAGAGUCCCGAAGGUGGCAGAAGAUAGCUGAUGAACUGGGAAAUAGAACAGCUAAGCAGGUCGCCAGUAGAGUGCAAAAAUAUUUUAUUAAACUGACUAAAGCUGGUAUUCCGGUUCCAGGAAGAACUCCAAAUUUAUAUUUAUACUCAAAAAAGUCAUCGAGUAGACGGCAGCACCCUUUAAAUAAACAUCUUUUCAAACCUUCAACUUUUAUGACAUCGCACGAGCCUCCAGUUUAUAUGGAUGAGGAUGAUGACAGAUCCAGUUUUCACAGCCAUAUGGAUAUUGCAGCAGAAGAGGAAGUAUCGGAUGAAGAGAGUAUUCCAAUAACGUAUCGUGAGUUACCUGAAUACAAAGAACUGUUAGAGUUUAAAAAAUUGAAGAGACAAAAACUACAGCAGAUGCAUGCAGAGAGUGGAUUUGUGCAGCAUGUGGGAUUCAAGUGUGAUAACUGCGGAAUUGAACCUAUUCAGGGUGUUCGGUGGCACUGCCAAGACUGUCCUCAAGAAAUGUCCUUGGAUUUCUGUGACUCUUGUUCUGACUGUCUGCAUGAAACAGAGAUUCAUAAGGAGGAUCAUCAGUUAGAACCUAUUUACAGAGCAGAGACGUUUUUAGACAGAGACUACUGCAUGUCCCAGGGCACCAGUUACAAUUAUCUUGACCCAAACUACUUUCCAGCAAAUAGAUGACAUGGGAAGCAGAUCUACGAUCUUGGGCUUACUAUACUAUUUGAAAAAUAACAAUGGCACCAUUGUUAAUACUGUGCACAUUUUGGAAAGACUGUCUGCUUUCCCUGAAAUGUCGCUCACAGCAUGACAGCUUCCUGGGUGUACUUGUCAAACUACAGCUUUGAGCUGUCAUGGUCCUAGAUCACUGAACAGCAGCUGAACAUUCCUAGUGUGCAGAAGGUUUCACUGGGAGACUUUUCUUUCACCACAUUAGUCAUUUUUAGGUGGUGAAUCUAAACACAAAAGAAAAACAUACAAAAGGGUGAGCCAGAAAUGAGAGCACACAUUGAAGAUAGAGUAAAUUCCAAAGGCAUUGAAGAACUCGGUUAUAAUGAGAUCCAGAGGAGAUGAAGUAUUUAUAUAAAAAACAGUUUAGUAGCUUGCAGUUUUGUUGUGAAAUAGUUUUCAGCACAGUAACUGACUUCUUUAGGCAAGGUUUUAACCAAUGACAGUGUUUGCUUCUAGGAUGUACUCUAAAAAAUGCUCACUGUCUCAGCGAUGGUUGGUUACAGGCCUUUAUUAAAUCGGAGCUGCUUAAUCACAUUGACUUUCAAUUUUUUUUUAUUUUUAUUUUUAAACCACGAUGAACUCUAUUUACCAACAGUGAAGCACUAGGGGAGGCAACUGUGGCAUUGCUUCCUUAACCAGCUCAUGGUGUGUGAAUGUUAUAAAAUUAUCACUCAGAUAUAUUUUUUAAAUGUAAUGUUAUAUAAGAUGAUCAUGUGAUGUGUACAAAAUAUGGUGAAAAGUGCCAGUGGUAGUAACUGUGUAAAGUCUCUAAUACUCAACAUUAACUCCUUUAAAAUAAAAUACACAGCCUUCUGCCUCUGUAUUUGGAGUUGUUAGUGCAACUCAUCAAAGAAAACUGCCUAAUAUAAAUCAUAUAUAUGGUAAUAAUUUUUCCUCUUUUGUAGUCUGCACAAGAUCCAUGAAAGAUUGUAUUUUUAUUACUAUUUAAACAGUGAUUAAAUUUAGCCUGAGCAGUGAGCAAGGGUUCACAUGCAUUCUUUUAUACUGCUGGAUUUUGUUGUGCAUCAUUUAAAACAUUUUGUAUGUUUCUUCUUAUCUGUGUAUACAGUAUGUUCUUAAAUAAUGUUCAAUUGUCAGGAGAACUGUGAGAAAUAAACUAUGUGGAUACAGUCUGUUUAUAUAUAGAAUGCUUGCUGUGACUUCCUUUCUGUGUAGUUUGGACUUUUUAAUCAGAAUUGAGAACAUGAAAAGGACAAAUAUUCACUAUGCAGACCUGCAAGAUGACAGCACCUUCCUCUGCUGUGAGUUCAGUGGGAGCCGGUGGUGUUCUGCGCCCACUGAACUGUGCUUUGCCUUUUGCAGGAUUGGCAUUUUAGUUUUCUCCUGUCUUAUUCGUACUUGGUUCUUUCAGAUUUCAGCAGAUCAGACUUAACGUAGCUUUGGUACACGGUAUGCCAUCAUCUGAGAAGCUUUGUAAUUACUGUGACAUAUCUUUAGUUAAUAUAUUUUUUAUUGAAAUGUAUAGCUGGUGAUUCAGAAAUACUUGAUUAUUUUAUAACUGUAGUAGACUUCCAGUUGCUUUAAAACUUGAAUAUUCCAAGUAAUUUGACUUUAAAAUGGCAAUAAGAAGGGUAAUUGGCUGGCUGCACCUAAGAACUUUAAUUAUAGCCUGAUCAGUGUUAGCUUUCGCAGUGACAUGUGGGUGUAGUCAUUUUCUGCCUCAGAGAAAAGUAAGUUUAAGCAUCUAAUCCAUUUAGAAGGUAAUAGAGUACGGUUACUAGAACACUGAGCAAGCAUCCUGUGUAAACAUCUCACAUAUCUUGUAUACUUAGAUAAAUUUAAUAAACCUUAGAAAUACAACAGAAACAUUCACGAGAUGUAUUUCAGUUUCCUCUCUAAUUCAAAAGAAGCCCUGAAAAUCUCUCGUGCAAUGAGGGGAUGUGAGACCAUUUAUGCUGUUCGUAAGGUGGCGAUGUAUUAUCAGGGAGAGAAUCUGCAGCAAUCUGUUUUUCUGUUGAUAUCCUGAAAAAAUAAUUGGAAGGAAGUAGCAGAAAUUAGCGAGCAUGUGAUUAAAUGCAAAUAUCCAGGCAUUGAUUGAGAUAGCUUUGGAAGAAGAAAAUCCGUAUUGUGUUUUGAAUGAGAUUGGAAGCAGAAGGAGAAAUUGAAAUCUGAAUCGCUUAGCAAAGAAGCAUCUUGGAUAAGUCCUUUUCUAAUUGAAUGUGUAUAAAUAUUGAUAUUUCCAUAUGCAUGCAUAUACAGCUAUUUCUCUUGCAUACAUUAUGGACAAAUGCAAGUAGAUUUCUAACGCACAUGUGCCCGAUCGAGCAUGGGAUUCUUUGGUUGGUUUUUUUUUUGAAAAAAAGACCAGAAAAAGCAGAAAGAAGUAAACUGGAACUGUAUGUUAAAUAAUGUUCCUUUUUAAUUUGUUUUUAAUUAGCAGCUGAUUCUUGCUUUUAUUCUUAUCCUGGCAAUAAUGAUACUCCACACGUUUCAAGCUGUGUUGUCGUUACAAGUAACAAAAAAUUACUCUAAAAAGCUACCCAGAUGAAUUGGCAGCUUCAGGGUGGCUGCAGAUUUUUAUAAUCUUAUUUUUCUUAAGUACUGCACAAUACAGCUGCUGGUGCUUUGAGGCUCGUUGUAGAAAAACCUGCCUUUUUCCAACUGGUGAAUUAUGAAAGUCACUUGCUUAAAGCUGUUGUACUGCAGAUGUUACUGGUCACGUAAUGCCACUGUUCUGGAGCUGGAAAAGCAUUUCCUAGAGCAUCAGAGGUAAAAUGUAGUCUAUAAAAGGACCCAGGGAAGGAGGAACAUCCUGGAUGUGAAGGAUAAGAACAUAUCUAGUACACUCCUUUGAAAAAUAACUGAAUUAGCAUUUACAGGGCAAAUGCAAGGAAGAGAAAGAAAACAGAAGAACCUGCCCUGAGUGAAAAAAGGACCUACUUUGUAAGCAUGCUAAUUUGAGCUAUAUUUUCAAGUUAUGUACUGUGCUUUAAAAAGGAUUAAACCCACAUAAAUUAUAACAAAUGA